AUGGCAAUUCAAGAACCUAGUCUCAUGUUCUCAUAUGAAACACAUGAUUCUCUACUCGGCCAAGAUCCAUUGGCAUGCAAGGACUCCGACAACGGUCAUGUUGCGCAACUCAAACAGCAGCUCACUGAAUUACAGCAUGCUGUUGCGAGUCUACAAGCCGAUAAACUUCGGCUCAUCAAGGAGAAUACUGGUCUCAAUAUGACCUGCCAGACUUUACAUGGACAGAAUUGUCCCCACUGGAAUCUGAUCGAGAACUUGAUCGAAAGAACUACCCAUCUGUCAAAUCAUGGACAAAGAAGGAAUGGCAGGACCAGUGUCCCAAGACGACAUCAGCAGUGCCUGGAACUUCCGGAAGCUCAUCUCGAGGAUCUGGGCGCAUGGUGCAAGGCGUCAAUGUUGCAUGCACAUACCUACAGGAUGAGCAAGGUGUAUCUGUCUCGGCUCAAUGCGCCAAGACAAUCCUGGAACCUCAUGCUCUCGAGCUUCCAGGAACUUGACACUCAAGGCCUCGCCCCAGAUUCUAUUGGCCAAGCAUCCCUGCAAGUCUUACACUGGCUGAUUCACACACUACGCAAACAUUGUUUCGAAUUUCAUCUAUGUGCUGACAACUGGAAGGUCAUGAAACUCAUGACCAACAAUUACUCGCAGUGGUUCAACUACCACGUGAAGAAAAGAACUGGCAAGCACAUCAAGGCUGAGCAUGGAGAGAGUAGUCCAGAUCUCUCAGAAGACGCCUUACCCUCAGUUCAGAAGUGCGGGGGUAAUUCUGAUCAAGAUCUCGAAGCCGAUCAUCCAAAGAAACGAGCACGAACCGAUCAGCCUGUCAUUGAACCUAUCACCAAGAACAACGAAGUGAUACCUGAUAUGCCACAACACCCCUUACCCGAGCGUGAACUAACACCACCACCAUGCGCCGACAAAGGAAAAGAUAAAGAAUUGACUACUAUUGAGAUCAAAAACCCGCUGUCUAAUGUUGUAUUGAAACCUAGGCCCAAGCCAGUCAACCGGAUAUCCCCUUCCAUUUCCAUCAACUCUCCGACUGCUUCAACUUCUGGAACCAGCCCAAUUCUUGCACCGCCAUCUACACCUUCGUGCACUGACGGAGCUUCACUAGCUGUAAAGGCCAAACUCAUCAACCAAUCAAGCACCACGAUCGAGAUGAAAGCACGCCCUAAUACAAUCAAGAAGCGCCAACCAAGCACAAAGCCUAUGCCCGUGAGCUCCAAGAUCACGGCACAGUAUACAAGCGCAAAGCGGCUCUACAGCUCAACUCAGCUGGCACUACUGAAGGGAGCGGCGCCUGUGAUGAUGCGGACGAGGAUGGGAUGGCGGGAAGGCGGGAAGGCGGGAAGGCGGGAAGGCGGGAAGGCGGGAAGGCGGGAAGGCGGGAAGGCGGGAAGGCGGGAUGGCGGGAAGGGGGAAGGGCGGGAUGGCGGGAAGGUGGGAAGGGCGGGAUGGCGGGAAGGGCGGGAUGGCGGGCGAGUGUGGGCGCAGUGA